GAAGGAGGGCCCAGACAACUGCUGGGACCCAGACUGCUUGGAGCCCUUCCCCAGCCGCCCUGCCCUCCCCAGGGGCACCCACCUCUCCUGGCUGCCACAGUCAACCUGUUAGGCCGGGCUGGGCAGGUCUGGAGAUGGGCGGGGAGCCCUGAGCCUCCGCACCCCUUCUCCCGCUCCUCCUCCUCCCCCACUGCCCUGUGCCCGGCACUCAGGCCUCUCCGACCUGGGCUGCCUGGGUGCCUGAGGCCAGGAAGCCAGGGGGCCCCCAGGGGGGGUGACCCCCAAGAAGAGGGCAGCCACUUCACGCGUGGCUGCCGGGAGCCCUUCCUGGAGCCCUCAGGGUGGGGGUACCCUCCCCCAGGGGGCCGGGGCCAUGUUGCCUUGCGCCUUCUGAGGCCCCCGCAUCAUGGCCCGGUCGCUGACCUGGCACUGCUGCCCCUGGUGCCUGACGGAGGAUGAGAAGACGGCCGCCCGGAUUGACCAGGAGAUCAACAAGAUCCUUCUGGAGCAGAAGAGGCGGGACCGAGGGGAGCUGAAGCUGCUGCUCCUGGGCCCGGGCGAGAGCGGCAAGAGCACGUUCAUCAAGCAGAUGCGCAUCAUCCACGGCGCCGGCUUCUCGGAGGAGGACCGCAAGGGCUUCCGGCCGCUCGUCUACCAGAACAUCUUCGCGUCCAUGCGGGCCAUGAUCGAGGCCAUGGACCAGCUGCAGAUCCCCUUCAGCAGGCCCGAGAGCAAGAGCCAUGCCAGCCUGGUCAUGAGCCAGGACCCCUACAAAGUGACCACUUUUGAGAAGCGCUACGCGGUGGCCAUGCAGUGGCUGUGGAGUGACGGUGGCAUCAGGGCCUGCUACGAGCGCCGGCGCGAGUUCCACCUGCUUGACUCAGCGGUGUACUACCUGUCGCACCUGGAGCGCAUCACCGAGGAGGGCUACAUCCCCACCGCCCAGGAUGUGCUGCGCAGCCGUAUGCCCACCACCGGCAUCAACGAGUACUGCUUCUCCGUGCAGAAAACCAACCUGCGGAUUGUUGACGUUGGCGGCCAGAGGUCAGAACGCAAGAAGUGGAUCCACUGCUUUGAGAACGUGAUCGCCCUCAUCUACCUGGCCUCGCUGAGCGAAUACGACCAGUGCCUGGAGGAGAACAACCAAGAGAAUGAAGGAGAGUCUGGCCCUGUUUGGCACAAUCCUGGAACUGCCCUGGUUCAAAAGCACAUCUGUCAUCCUCUUCCUCAACAAAACCGACAUACUGGAGGAGAAGAUCCCCACCUCCCACCUGGCUACCUACUUCCCCAGUUUCCAGGGCCCGAAGCAGGACGCCGAGGCGGCCAAGAGGUUCAUCCUGGACAUGUACAGCCGCAUGUACGCCGGCUGCGCGGACGCCGCCGCCGACGGGGGCAGGAAGGGCUCGCGCUCCCGGCGCCUCUUCAGCCACUACACGUGCGCCACGGACACGCAGAACAUCCGCAAAGUCUUCAAGGACGUGCGCGACUCGGUCCUGGCCCGCUACCUCGACGAGAUCAACCUGCUGUGACCCAAGCCCCGCCUCCGGGCUCGGACCAGCGCGUGGCCCUCGGGACCUGCGGGCCGGCGGGCGCGGCCGGCGCUCAGGCAGCCCGGACGCCUCCCCAGUCGCUCGGGGCCCGCGCGGCGGAAAGCCGGUCGCCGCUGCUGCUCUGCCCGUCGCUAGGACAGCUCCUGGGGUCCCCACUCUGGACUCCUCGAAAAAGGAGCACAGUGGCCGUCUGGGGUCCCAGGGUGGAGGGAAAGAUGAAGAGAGCAGAGGACGGAAGGCUCAGGAUCCCCACCCCGGGUCUGUCCCCUCCCGGGUAGAAGUCCGGAACCCCGGGGUGGGGGUGGGGGGGAUCGGGCAGUGGUCCUUCAGGCCCAGGAGCCGGACUCUGGCGCCCCUUAGUGGACAGGAGGUGGUAUCUCCCAGUUUGAGGUUGGGUAGCUCAGAGGCCUCCCUUUGUGGGGGAAGAGACCCCCGGAAAACGGUGUUAAGAGCCUCAUGACUCAAAGUGUGUUCUGUUACUGUUUGCAGACGAGGGAAACUGAGGCUCACAGGUCUCCCCCUCUUUCCUAGGCUGGGGGCUGGGUGCGCUGCAUCUUAAAACCUGUAUUUAUUCCCUUAUCUGCAGGGCUCCCUGUGAGUUGGACAUUAAAGGAAUGACAUUCUGGAGACCUGUGGUUUCUCAGGGGUGUCCUGUUUAUCCCCCCGCAGUCCCUUCUCAGGUCUCCUGUCCCACGUAGGGUAGAAACAUGGGGAAGGAAGGAAAAAGGUUAUACUUGUUCGCCCACCUGUGCUGGGCACGGUAUAGAGAGCUGCCCAGGAAAGUGCACGCUUGGAGCCAAGAGGUGGAGUCCAACCUCUCUUCCUGGAGGGGGGCACAUUUAAGCCCACCCUAUGUUGCUAUUUACCCAAAAUUCUAGCAGCAGCUUCUACCCAUCUCUGAAGAAGAUGAAGAUAAUGGCUCUACUUAUGCUAGGUCAUGGUGACCCACCAUCCUCAGGGAUGUCCCAUGUAUCACAAGCCCUGUCAUUCCCAUUUUACAGAUGAGAAAACUGAGGCACCAAGAAACUGAAUAAUUUGACUGAAGUCAUACACUUGGGAGGUCACACAGCCAAGAUUCUAUUCAUUCAACACCACCCCCCUUUUUUUUACUUAAAAAAAUGUUAUGUUUUAGAAUAGUCUUAGAUUUACAGAAAAAUUGUGAGGGUAGUACAGAGAGUCGCCUUAUAAAACUGCACCCAGAUACCCCUACUGUUAACAUCGUACAUUAAUAUGGUACUUUUUUUUUUUACAAUCAAUAAACCAAUACUGACACAUUA